AUACGCAUUAAGCUAUGUUUUCCCGUGCACUGUCACAUUUUGCGAGCGGCAUGCACUUGUCCGGCUGGACUUGGUUUAUCCAGAAAAGGUAAAUGUAACCAUGUUGGAGGAGUGUUGUUUGCAAAUGAAGAUUUUAUGAGAAGGGGAUUACAGAAACAUGCCGAGCCUUUAUCAUGUACAUUGCGGCUGUCUGUGUGGGUUGUACCCCGCAACCAAAGUGUUGCAGCUAAACCUCUCGACCAAGUGCUAAUCAGAAAGAUACGAUUUGGUAAGAAAAAUAUUUGUCUUCAGUCAAAGGUUAUAAAAUUUGAUCCAAGAUCACCAAAUCAGCGAACAAGAGAGAAAAACAGUUUCAAGAUUUUAAGUGAAAGUCUUGAAAAUUGUCUCCCUGCCACUUCAUUUUUUUUGUUCCCUGACAUCAAGGCACCAGAGUCUGUGCCUUUUACAGACAGUUACGAUAUUGCUACGGAGCACUUUAAAUCUAUGAUUGAUUCCUAUGUUUCCAGCUUAACAAUCACCAAAGAAGAGAUAGAUGAAAUGGAGAGAACAACUCGAGGACAAAACAAAAACAAUCUUUCGUUUGUAAAGAGGAAAUCUCUUUUGACAGCUUCAAACUUUGGAAAAGCAUCUAAGAACAAAGUGGAACCUUCAAAUAAGUUGAAAUCAAUCCUUUACUCGAAUUUUACAACAGAUGCUACUCAAUAUGGCAUCGAAAGUGAAGCAAAGGCAGUGAACCUUUAUAUGAGGGAAAUGAAAAAGGAUGGCAUUGAUGUUACUGUUGAGGAAAUUGGGCUACUGGUGUCCAAGGACAAGCCAUGCCUGGGGGCAAGCAUAGACAGGAUUGUAACCAUUAAGGAUACACACGAAAAAAUGGGGAAUGGAAAUUAAAUCUCCUUUAAGCAAAGCAGGCAUGACUAUUGAAGAAGCCUACCAAAACAAAACUUUCUUUCUGGAGAAACUUGCCGAUGGAACUGUAAGGUUAAAACGAAAUCAUGAUUAUUAUGUACAAAUUCAAGGGCAGCUCUACUGUUCUAACCUGGAUCUUAAAGGGAUCAUUCUUAUAGUAUACUUUGGAGAGAGUAGACCACUAUUUGUGGAGAAAAUUUACUUGGACAACUCUUGGAUGUGACUCCCUGCCAAAGAUAGAUUUCUUUUACAGAUGUGUUCUUUUCCCUGAGCUCAUUACCAGACGAGUACAGCGGGGUAAGAUCCUAUACCUGC